CUGCUCAUGGCAUAAAUGUGCUGACAAAGGAGGUGGAUAGCAAGGAUGUGAAAUAGCAAAGAGAAGCAAAUUAAAGUAAUCACAAACCUUUGAAAGGAUCUUGGAAUACUGACUGUGCAGGCAAAAAAAUGAUAGAAGUACAGUGUAAAUAAAUGCAAAGUGAUUCAUACAUGGGAAAAAACCCAUCGUAACUAUAGAUAUCAAUUGAUGUAUUUAUACAUGUGUGUCAUUGUGAUUUAGGAAAGAUCUUUGAAGAGUAGAUAGUUCUGUGAAAAUGUCAUGCUUAGCUGUCAAAAACACAAAAAGUUAGGAGUUACCAAGGCAGCAAUAAAGAGCAAGACAAAAAUCAUCACUUCACCACUGCAGUGGGCUGAAUUUUCAGUGCCGCGUGCAGGUCUGAUUACCUCCAUCACAGAAAGCAUGUUGUGAAAUUGGAAAAAGACUGCUAGGGACAAUCAGAGAAUGAUAAUAAAGAAAAAGGGAAAAGAAGUUCAUGAGGAAACUGCACAGAAAAAGAAAAAGGUGAAAAGCAGCGGGACCCAGACUAUCAUUAAAAUUGAGAAAGAUGAUCAAAGUGUCAUUAAAACUAAGGAUGAUGACUGUUUUGAGACAAAGGCAAAAACAAAAGGAAGGAAAAAGAAAAGUUUAAAAGAGGAUGAAUGUUUAGACCAAUUAAAAUCGAAGAAGAGCAAAAACAAAAAGAAGAAAGUUUGCACUGAAUUACAGGAAGAAGCACAUUCUGAAAGCUUGGUGAAUGUAGAAAGCCAUCUGGAUUUAGAACCACAAGAAGAAUCAGAGAAACAAACUAAAAUUGUCAAAAAGAAGAAAAAAAAAGACCCACAUCAUUCCUUCUUAUCAUGGGAGAAUAAUCAGAGUAGUGAUGUAGGCCUUUCAAAUCAUCAUACAGAUGGUACUCAGGAAAAUGAAUUUGCUUUCAAGAAAAGCAGGAAGAACAUUGCUUUGAAUUUGGAAUGGGAUGAUGAAGUAACUAAGAAAAAAAAGAAGAAAGGCAUUUUUUCUUUAGCAUUAGAGGACUACCAGGACAGUGAACAAAAACAAUCAAAAAAAGAUCUUAAAAAAACUCACAAAAACAUGUCACGAGAAAAAGAUGUUACUGGCAAAAACCAUGGAACAGAUAUUGUCCAGAAUGAUGGGGAGAGUUAUAUGAAGAGAAAGAAGAAGAAAAAGAAAAAAGAUAAGCCUGCCUCCAUUUUACCACUGACAUGUAAUCAGGACAAUAUCCAUGGAGUUAAUGAUAGCCACAUUGCAAUAAAUGACUUCAGAAAAAGGAAAAGAAAGAAUUCCCAGGAGUUUACAUUCGUGAAUAAAGAGGAAGAAGAUAACAUUGAGAACUCUGAAAGUUCUAGAGAGACAACCAAGAAGAAGAAGAAGAGAAGCAAAAUUGUUUCCUCUUCAAUAUGUGAAGAUAAUCAGGACCACAGUCAUAGAGUUCCUGAUGAGUAUCUACCUACACAGCAAGAAGUUGAGUCUGAAGAAGAAGAGCUUUCUGGAAAAAAACAGAGGAAGAAUAUCAAGGAUAAUAAUGAUGUAACCAAGAAGAAAAAGAAAAAGAAGAUUCAAAAAGAGGAGGAGGAAACAGUUGAUUCAAUAUUUGCCAUAAGUGAUGACAACACAUCCAAAAGCAAAAAAAUAAUGCUACCAGAAAGCAAUGAAAAGGAGGAGGAGAGUGGAACCAAGCUAGCUGAAUGUGUCACAGGGGAUGUUGUAGAAAGGGUAUUAUGUAAUUACAAUCAUCUGCUCUCUGACAAAAAAACUAAAAAAAGAAAAAAAGUACAGCGGGAUUCUGCUGAAGAACCGGGUUCAAAAGCAAAUAUAAAAAAGAAAAAGGUCAAGAGAGAAAACACGGGAAAUGAGGCCUCGGAACAUGUGGAUGAUGUAACUAUUGUGCAGGAAAAAAAAGGAAACUGUGAUGAAAUUAAUAUAGACAAGGUGAGACGGCAGGCUCUGCAAGAAGAAAUCGAUAGAGAAUCUGGCAAAACUAAGGUUUUCAGUACCAAAGUGGAACCGGAUACAAAGUUUGGCCAGUGGAGUACAGCUGCUUUUCAAAGUCCUGACCAAGGAAUGAAGUUUCUUAGACUGAUGGGGGGUUUUAAAAAGGGCUCUGCGUCUAUGCAAGAUCUCUCAGCGACUGCGAACAAACCGAACAUGGCUCUGAACAGGGAAGGGGAAGAGAAGUUACAGCAGGCCCUGAAAAUGGAAUUUGAUAAAGCAAUGGACUUGAAGCAACACAGAAGAAUUGGUCUUGGAUUCCAACCUGCUGCCAACAAAAAAGUGUACAUAGACAAAUACACAUCUAGAUCUAUAAAACUUGAAGAUUAAACUCUUAAGUAAUAAAAAGAAUUAAAAUUCAACAAGCAAAAUUUUUUUGCUUUUCCUUUUUACUUGAAAUAAAAAAUCAAAAUGUUUUUAAAAAUUGAUUUAUGAGGUAAUUGCAGUACAAGUUUUCAACUGGAUACUACAGUGUCUGUGGAGCUGGGUCUUCACUUCAGCUGAACAGUAAGUUUUUGAAACCUUUACAGUGCUUUUUACAAGGCAAGAGAGCCUUCAACAAAGACUGAAGACACACGGGCAAAGCCUGCAACAAGUUGCAGCUUGGUAAAUGUUUUUUAUGAUGCUGAUUUCAUAAUUAGCUACAUUAAUGAUUCAAAUGGAAUUUAGUAUUUGGUGGAAUUUUCACAUUUUUGCACUCAGUGAGUGGUGCGAAGCAAUGGCUUUUUACUUCAAAGAACUGCUACUGGUGUACCUACAGAUUGGACAAGGGGAGGAUUUUUAAUCUGAAAGUGGAUUCUUAAUUAGCAUAUUUGUUACAAUGAUGCAUAUUGUUGAAUAUCCUGUGCAUUUUAGUAUGCUGUGGCAGUUUGGUUUUCAAAAAGUUGCGCUUAUCUGGAUAAAUGAAGAUAAAUGCUUUCUGGAUAGCAGCACCAAAUAUAUGCUUCUAGAUUUGCUGAAUUAUAGAAGGCAAGACAGUUUUAAUAGGGUGCUUAUGGGUUUCAUUAUAAAUCAGUUUGAAUGAAAUUUCUAACCUUUGGAUUUUUCAGUCA